AGAUUCUUUAUCAAUAGUCCUCUCAAUGCUCACAAACAGAGUCAGCUGGAAAGUGAACUCUUUAUCAAUGCAUGUCAGGCUUGGUCCAAUAUGAGUAGACUUGAGAAUUUGCACUUGUCAGAGAACUCAUUAAAUGAAAGGAUCAUACCAUGCUUAAUAAGAGCAUCAUCACUCAAAACUCUUGAUCUUUCCUGGAACAACAUGGGUGGAAAUUUUUCUUUGAAAGAGUUCAGUAAGUUAGACAAGCUUGAGCUAUUGGAUCUACGCAGGAAUAAAUUAUAUGGAGAUAUCCCUUUGAUGUCAAAUGAGUGGACAUCACUCAAAGGCUUGUCCAUAAAAUAUAAUCAACUCAAUGGCACCUCUUUGGAAGGAUUGUGCAUGAUAAAGAACCUUGAAGAGCUAGACAUCAGCUUCAAUAAUUUGAAUUCAGAUAUUCCAGAUUGCUUUAGAUAUCUGUCAUCUCUAAACUAUUUGGAUAUCUCCCACAAUCAAUUGGAAACGAGGUUUUCUUCAUCUAUUUUUGAAAACCUUACAAGACUUGAGUUUGCUGCUUUCUCGGACAAUAAUUUAAAGGGAACUCUCUCGGUGAGCUCAUUUGCUAACAAUACUAAGCUUAAAUUCUUAGAUCUUUCAAAUAAUUAUCAAUUGGAGCUCGAAACGGAAGAUCUAGGAAGUCCUCCAUCAUUUCAACUUAAAGGUAUUGCCCUGACAAAUUGCAUUGUGAACAAGGUCUCUCAAUCCAUCCCCACUUUUUUGUCCACUCAAUAUAUGAUAGAAUACAUCGAUCUUUCUGGUAAUAACUUAAAGGGAAAUAUUCCAUUAUGGUUAUUAGAGAAUAAGACCAAUCUAACUAAUCUCAGUUUGAGAGAUAAUUCAUUAACUGGAUCAUUUAUAUUACCAUCCCAAAGGACAAAACUGGAAUAUUUUGAUGUCUCAAAUAAUAAACUCACUGGAGAAAUACCUUUGAGCAUUGGCACUAUUUUUCCCAAUUUAUGGUAUUUGAACAUGUCAAAUAAUUUGUUGCAAGGUGUCAUCCCUUCUUCAGUUAAAAAUUUAAGUUACUUGGAAUAUUUAUACCUAUCAGAUAACAAUUUAUCAGGACAAUUUUCUAAUUUUGUCAAAGAGUUGCCUCAUCUAGAUAUAUUGGACCUAUCUAUCAACCAAUUUCAGGGAACUCUCUCCAAAUAACUUGACCCUGACCUCCUUGUCAUGUUUUCUUGUUAAUAACAACCAAUUGAGUGGGGAAAUACCAACCAGUCUUUGUGAUAUGUUAUGGCUUUCUUUCUUGGAUAUUAGUGAGAACCACUUCUUUGGAAAUCUACCAAGUUGUAUUGCCGACAUUUUGUACCUUUCGGUCCUUAAUGCUGCAAGAAACAAUUUGAAAGGAAAUCUGAUGACUGGACUUUGUUAUAUGAAUGAACUUGAAUCGUUGGAUCUCUCUAAAAAUCAUUUCUUUGGCCAAGUUCCAUCUUGCUUCAACAUGACUCGCUUAGAAUAUUUGAAUUUAAGAGACAACGAACUCACAGGACACUUUCCAAAUGCUUUAUCAAAUCUGUCUUUAUUGACAUUAGAUUUGGGCAAUAACCAUUUUGUCGGUCAUAUUCCUAGUUGGAUAGGGAUUACCCUUAAACUUUUGAAGAUAUUCUCUUUGAAAGGAAACCAUUUUGAUGGAUCGAUUUCAAUGCAAAUUUGUAAUUUAAGAUUUCUACAUAUUCUUGACCUUUCUCACAAUAAUUUGUCAGGGCAUAUACCUUCUUGUUUGCAUAAUAUAGGGCACAACUCCAAUUUGAAUUACCAAUUUACCAUAGGAACUGAUACCGAAGACAUUCAAGCUAAUGUGGGUGGCUAUGAUGUUUUCCCAAGAGAUUACAUUACUAAUAUUUUUUUAAACUCACUGGAGAAGUCACAAGCAAUUAUAUAUGAGUAUAUCGAGUUUGCAACAAAGCAAAGAUCAGACCGUUACCGAGGGAACAUUUUACAAUAUUUAUCAGGAAUAGACUUGUCUUGCAACCAAUUAGUUGGCAUGAUCCCAGAGAACAUGGGUGAAAUGACUUGGCUCCAAGCUUUGAAUUUGUCCAAUAAUCGAUUGACUGGUCCAAUACCUACUACACUAUCAAGCUUGAGAGAAAUUGAAAGCUUAGACCUCUCCCACAACAUGUUGGUUGGACGAAUACCUCCGCAACUUGCAGAACUCAAUUAUUUAGAAGUCUUCUCUGUGGCAUAUAACAACCUUUCUGGUCCAACAAUAGGUUUGGUCGCUCAGUUCAGUACAUUUAAUGAGAGUAGCUAUAAAGGGAACCCUUAUCUUUGUGGUCCUCCAUUAAAGAAGAAUUGUACCUCCAUGAUACCAUCAUCUCCAAAACAACAUGGGCAAGUCACAAAUGUUUUUCAUGAUGAUAACGAAGAAGGAAAGGACCGUCUCAUAUUAUUUGCAUCAAUUGCACUUGGUUUCAUAAGUGGUUUUUGGGGAUGGAUGGCUCUACUAUUCUUCAAGAGAAAUUUGCGAUAUUCCUUCUUUCUGGCGAUGGAUGGAUACACAGAAGAAGCUAUUGACAUGGUGAAAAGUCUUUUGUCAAAGAUGAAGUCAUGUUGGUAGCCAUUGCAUGGUUCUUCCUUCUUUUAUUUAAUUACUUCAGAUCCUCUUAGAUCAUGCAUGUGUUGUUAUACUCUCAUGUCAAAUGUGGAAGCAAGCUUAAGAGAUUGUGUUAAAUUGUACAUCC